GCGCGCCUCACAUACAUCCAGAAUACAUCCAUGAGUAGGACUGUUGUUCCUAACGAUACUCUAAACCUCUUAAACUCAUAACCAAAUCUAACGGUAUCCAUCACUGAUGUCUCAACAACCGCAACAAACGGCGCCCUCCGCCCCGGACUCCCCUGCGCUGGUGGUCACCAGUAACGUGCAGAAAUAUGCCAUCAAGAAGAAGAAAGUCCUUAGUGCUGAAGAGGCAGAGCUGUUUGAAGUAACCCAGGCUGCAGGCAUCACCAUGGACCAAGAGGUCUUCAAGAUCAUAGUGGACCUGUUAAAGAUGAAUGUGGCUCCUCAAGCAGUCUUCCAGACUCUGAAGGCCAUGUGUGCAGGCCAGAGGGUAGCAGACAGCUGCAGCGGCGGAGAGACUUCAUCUGCCUCCCACGCCACUAGCAUCACCACAGCACCAACAGAUGCCAGAGAAGAAGACUCUUUGGUCUCUGGAAAGAGCCCUAAGCCUCCUGCAGCUCCCCCCUCAGCGUCUGUCCCCAGAGCCACAAGGGUCAACACUAAGAUUGUGGUCUACGGCCCCCAAGACGCUAGCGCUCCUCACUCUCAAGUGCGCGGUAAAGCUGGAGCGAGCCACGGCGAGAAGAGCAGAGAGGCGUCCAGCCAGCGAGUGCAGCGGCAACCCAGCGCCACCAGAGGGCAGAAGACUAAGAGCUCCGGCAGCAGCAGUUCCUCCUCUCAGAUAAACUCCACAUGAGACCCAUCAGAGCAAUAUGUACGGAAGAGGAUUAGGGACACUUUACUGAGUUUAAAGUCAGCAUCCUGAGAAUGAAGUCAGAAUUCUGAAAAUAA